AUGGAUGAUGGGAUAGCUCGUAAGGCCGGUCCUUUGCCUGCUGCAAGAAAAGAAAGGGAAGUGAUGGGGGAGUGCGAGGACGGCAAGGAGUACAGGUGCUGGGAGGAGCUGUUGCCGGACGCGCUGGGCCUCAUCUUCCGCAACCUGCCGCUGCAGGAGGUGCUCACCGUCGUGCCGCGGGUGUGCAAGUCCUGGGGGCGGGUGGUCGCCGGCCCCUACUGCUGGCAGGAGAUCGACAUCGAGGAGUGGAGCCAGCAGCAGAGCAAGCCGGAGCAGAUCGGCCGCAUGGUCGAGCUACUCGCCGGCCGCAGCGGUGGCUCGUGCCGCCGGAUCAGUGUCUCCGGGCUGCCCUGCGAUCCGCUCUUCUCGUUCAUCGGAGACAAUGCACGAGCCCUCCGGACCUUGGAGAUUCCCAGGAGUGAGAUCAGCGACUCGAUCGUGGAAACCGUGGCGCCGCGGCUAUCAAACGUCACUUUCCUAGACAUCAGCAGCUGCACCAAGAUCGGAGCCCGUGCCCUGGAGGCGUUCGGCAAGCACUGCAAGUCCCUGGUGGGGCUCCGGCGGGUGAUGCACCCGAUCGACCUGGUGGACAAGGUGUGCCAGCACGACGAGGCGCACGCCAUCGCGUGCAGCAUGCCCAAGCUCCGGCACCUGGAGAUGGGGUACAUGCUGAUCGCGACGGAGGCGGUGCUGGAGAUCCUGGGGCAGUGCCGCGACCUCAAGUUCCUGGACCUGCGCGGCUGCUGGACCGUGGACGACAAGUUCCUGCGGGAGCGCCACCCGGGGCUGCGCGUCCUGGGCCCGCGCGUCGACGACUGCUACGAGAACAGCUACUGGGAGGAGUGCUCCGACUACUCGGACGACUCCUCCAUCUACUCGUGGGAGUUCAUGGACGACGUCGACGACGACUACUACGCCAUCGGCAGCGACGACGAGGCCAUCUGGGACGACGGGCAGGGGCUGGAGAACCUCGAGGUGAGGUUCUACGGCGGCGGCUUCAGCGAGAGCUUCGCCGGCUUCGACUGGCCACCGUCGCCGUGA